AUGAUUUUUCAGAGGGGUAGGUCAACCCAGCAACCAGCAUAUCGUUUCCCACGAUUUUUUUCCAGGUUUUCAAAGAUUUCUCCUCCCAUCAAGGAGUCGCGCUUGGUGAUCUUUGGUGGUUGGGCCAACAAAUGGUUGGACGACGUCUGGCAGAUCAACGUCUCUUCCAUUGUGGGGCCGCCCUAUGCCAUCACCAAGGUGGAGCCACCUUUGGGUCCGGUCACGGGGCAGAUGAAAGUCACCAUCUAUGGUGUGGGUUUCCAGUCCACCAACGGCAUGGUCAUCAUCGAGUUCUCCAGUGGCAAGUUGUCCGCCACCACCCAGGGAAAUGUGCUGAACGACGAGGUCAUUGAGUGCCUGACGCCCUCCGUGGCGGGCACCAUUGGGCCCAAGGACUGCCAGGUGAAAGUGCAGAUCGGGCCUCGAGACUUCACAACCACUGUUGCGCACUAUUCCUAUUUCCUGAACUCCAUCGCGGAGAAGUCGCUGUGCUUUGGCCCCGGCAUUUUGCAGGAGCAACAGGCGAACGCCGAGACGCGCUUCAUGAUCCAGGCUAGGAAUCAGCUGGGCGAGAAUCGCAAGUCGGGACGCGAUGAGUUCAUGGUGACGGUGCAGCAGAAGGUCUUGAACGCCGAGGGCAAAGAAGUGCUGCGCGAUGUGGCCUUUGAGCUGAACGAUUUGAACGACGGCAAGACCGAGGUGAAGUACAUGGCUGACGAGGGUGAGCUGGUGAUCCACGUGAAGCUCAUGGAUGAGAACGGAAAGCCACGCCCCAUUCGCGGAUCGCCCUUUCGGCCCACCUUGACCAAGCGCCAGGGCGGCAGCCACGGCAUCGCCGGGAUGGCCCGGAACCGCGCCAAUGAGUACUCAGGACCUGUGGUGACCGCCUGGUUGGGCACCACAUUGAAGAGUCUGGAUGAGUUCUAUCAGACCACCAACACUGGGCAUCAGACGAAGUUGAAGGAAGGUGACGUCAUGAACUUGAUCAAGGUCAUGAACCACAUCAAGGACAUGUACGACCAGCAGGAUACCCUGAUCCUCAGACAGGUUUUUCCUGGUGAUUUCCAGGACGAAGUGGUGGAAACCUUGGCCCAGUUGGAGCGUGAAGGAUUGCCCAGCGACAAACAGCUGAAGCAGCUGAAGAAGAUCGGUGCCAACCUGGUACAGUUGAAGCAAGAUAUCGUGGCGAAGGAGAAGGAGAUUCAACCCAUGGUGCAGAAGGAAAGCGAAUUCUACAAGAAGGGCAUUGCAGACUUUGAGAACGAGCUCAAGACGUAUCAGGGCGGUCUCAAGAAGGAGGCGUACUACUUCUACAAGAGCGGUCUGGAGUUGGCCCAGAAGCGGCUGCAGGAUGUGACCACCGACCUGGAUAACUUCGACAAACGCAUGGAUGACCUGCUGCACAUCGCCACCAACUUCAACUACCCUGAGGAGUUGAAUAACUCCAAGAAGAUCAUGGUGGCCAUGAGGGAAGAUGUGGCCAACUGCAAAGGGCUUUGGGAGUUCGAAGUGCAGAGGAUCAAAGUCACCGAAGGUUUCCUGGUGGUGCGCUGGGGCCAGGUGGUGGCCGGAGAUAUGGAGGACGAGAUCAAGGCGCUCUUCAAGAAGCUGAAGGAAGUGAAGGUGGACCGCAAGUGCGAUGCCUUCGUGGGCGUCCAGGACGUGGUGAAGAAAUGGACCGUCUUCUGCCCCUUGGUGGGUGAGCUCCGAGAUCCGGCCAUGCGGCAGCGGCACUGGGCGCAGCUCAUGGAUCAGUGCGGCAAGUCCAUCACCGUGACUCCUGAGAUCUUGUUGCGGGAUAUGUGGAACCUGGAGCUCCACAAGAAUCCGGACUUCGUGGAGGAUACGGCAGAUCAGGCCAAGCAGGAGAUGAAGAUGGAAAACACCUUGAAGAAGCUGCAGAAGGAGUGGGCCGAAGUGGACUUCGGCUUCGAUUCGCAUCGAGGCACUGAGGUGAUGUUGAUGAAGCGCCUGGGACGGGUGCUGGGACUGAUGGCGGAUGACAAAUUUGAGAUGCUGGAAGAGCACCAGGUUCAAGUGCAGAACAUGUUUGCCUCUCGCUUUUUGUCCACUUUCGAGACAGAGGUGGUUUCCUGGCAAAAGACCCUUGCGAACAUUUCCGAAGUCUCCACCCUGCUCUCGGAAGUGCAACGCUCAUGGGUCUUCUUGGAGAACCUCUUCAUCUUCAGUGAUGAGGUGAAGAAAGAGUUGCCGGAGGAGAGCGACAAGUUCGUGGGCAUCGAUAUGGACGUGAAGGAGAUCCUGAUGAAUGGCUAUCAGAUCAAGGCGGCGAAGGAGUUCUGCAACCAAGGCAACAUCUUCCAGAAGUUGGAGAAGGUCCAGGGCGCAUUAGAGAUGUGCCAAAAGGCCCUGAACGACUUCAUGGACAGCAAGAAACGUGCCUUCCCACGUUUCUACUUCAUGUCCUCCAACGAUCUGUUGGAUGUGCUGAGUAAUGGCACCUCGACUGCAACCAGCCUGCCAAGGUGCCUUCCCACGGGGCAGGGAGAAAGGGCUUUCUGUGCUGGAGAGGGCCUUGAAUUUAUGUUCCCCAAGUUCUUCAUCGCCAUCGACAGCUACAAUUUGGAAUUCCCGGAUGGUGAGGACCCCAUUUCGAUGACCGAGGACAACCGACCACACGCUGUGGGAAUGAAUGCCUGUGUCGGCAAGGAGUAUGUCCCCUUCCCAGAGCCUCUUCCUUUGUUGGGCAAGGUGGAAAGUUACCUGGACAAGUGCAUCGAAUGGUUCCAGAAGGCCUUAAAGCACUUUGCUAAGCAGGACAAGGAAAAGUACUUCAGUGAAGGAUGCAUGGACGACGGCUUUAAGCGUGGAGAGUUCAUUGCCAGCAGCCAGGCAGCGCAGUGUGCCCUGCUGGUCCAGCUGAUUACAUGGGUGAUGCUGGUUGAGAACGGAUUUGCCGCGGCACAGGAUGGCAAGGAGGAUGCGGUGCACGAUGCGUGGCAAGAGAGUCACCGGCUGCUCUUGAAGUUGAUCGAGAAGACCAUGACCAACCUGGACAAGCCAACGAGGCAGAAGAUCAUGUGUGCCAUCACGUUGGACGCCCACAAUCGAGAUGUGCAAGAGCGUUUGGUGCAAGAGAAGGUGAUCUCCAAGGAUGCUUUCCAAUGGCAGAGCAUGUUGAAGUGCUACUGGAAAGAGGACGUGGAUGAUGCAUCGAUGGAGAUCGCGGAUGCCAAAUUGCCAUAUGGUUAUGAAUACCUGGGCAACGGUCCUCGUCUGGUGGUCACGCCCUUAACGGAUCGCAUCUACGUGACAGCGACGCAGGCCUUGCACUUGUGCAUGGGCUGCGCGCCGGCCGGACCUGCUGGCACUGGGAAGACGGAAAGUACCAAGGACUUAGCCAACGCCGUGGCGAAGGCCUGCUACGUCAUCAAUGCGGCGCCAGAGAUGGACUAUCUGACGUUGGGUGAUAUCUACAAAGGCCUCUCCGCGAGUGGCUCCUGGGGUUGCUUCGAUGAGUUCAACCGCCUGGUCCCCGAGGUGCUGUCGGUGUGCACGGUGCAGUUCAAGGCGGUGUGCGAUGCCAUCAGGGCCGGCAUGACGCGCUUCAUGUUGCAGGGCGAUGAAAUCAACCUGAAUCCGCAGGUGGGUUGCUUCAUCACCAUGAACCCGGGCUAUCUGGGCCGGUCCGAGCUACCUGAGGGCUUGAAGGCCUUGUUCCGACCCAUCACGGUGAUGGUGCCGGACUUCAAGCUCAUCAUGGAGAACAUGUUCAUGGGUGAAGGGUUCACUGAAGCCAAAGCCCUGGGACUGAAGUUCUCCACGCUCUAUGCUUUGAACAAGGACUUGCUCUCCCAGUCCAAGAAAUAUGACUGGGGCAUGCGAGCCAUCAAGAGUGUGCUGGUGGUGGCCGGCGGCUUCAAGCGUGCCGAUGCCAGUCUGUCGGAGCAGGCGGUCCUGAUGCGGUCCCUGCGCGACACCAACGUGGCGAAGAUCGAAGGCGACGACCUGCGAAUCUUCAUGGCUCUGCUGGGCGAUCUCUUCCCAGGCAUUGAUGUGCCCCGAGCCCGCGAUUACGAGAUGGAGGAAGUGCUGGUGGAUGUGAUGCAAACGGACUACGGCUACACCCACGACCCCGAUGGCUAUCUUCUCUUGAAGAUCACCCAGCUGAUUGAGCUGCUGGGUAUCCGACACUGCGUCUUCUUGAUGGGCAACCCGGGCAGCUUCAAGUCCGCCAUGUGGAAAGUCUUGAAGAACGCCAAGACACGAAGGGGUGAGAAGACGACCACAGUGGAUUUCAGUCCCAAGGCCAUCUCUACGAACGAGCUCUAUGGCUUCGUUAACAUGCAGACGCGCGAGUGGAAGGAUGGUAUCAUCUCCAAGGUGAUGCGAGACUUGGGUCAAAUCCCAGAUACCCACCCCAAGUGGAUCAUGUUGGACGGCGAUUUGGACGCCAAUUGGAUCGAAUCCAUGAACAGCGUCAUGGACGACAACCGACUGCUGACCUUGCCCUCCAACGAACGUAUCCCCCUGAAGGUGCACAUGAAGAUGAUCUUCGAAAUCCGAGAUCUGAACUAUGCCACCCCGGCCACUGCCACGCGCGCGGGCAUCGUUUGUAUGGAUGACACCUUUGGUGUCCAGUGGCGAUCCUACGUCAAGAGUUGGAUCAAGAAGCAGGAGCACCCUGACAACAUCAAAGACCAGCUGUGGAACUUCUUCGAGAAGUGUGGGGCCAGCACUACUAUUUGGAUGCUGAAAAACGUGAAGAUCCUGGUGCCCAUGGUGGACAUUUGUCUCAUCAGCGCCUGCUGUAGCCUGCUGGACAACCUGCUGUCUCCGGCCACCUACGAAUCCUUGGAGUAUUGGUUCAUGUUCUGCUUCACGGCUGCCUGUGGUCUGUGCCUCGCGGAAGUGGAUGGUGUGGAUUAUCGCAAGAACUUCAGCAACUGGUGGAAGGGCGAGAUGAAGAGCGUGAAGUAUCCCUCCAAGGGUGGCAUCUUCGACUACUACGUGAAAGAUGCCAAGUUCGAGGAGUGGUCCACCGCGGUGGAGACCCUGGAAUACUCCAGCGAGACGCCCAUGGGAGAAGUGACGGUGACGACCAAUGAGACCUACGCCAUGUCCUACUUGAUGAAGGCCCUCAUUGAACAGCACCACCCCGUGAUGCUCAUUGGUCUGGCGGGAUGUGGAAAGACACAGAGCUGCUUGGGACUGCUGAAGUCUUUACCCCCGGAUGUCUUCACCUACUACGCGAUGAACAUGAGCUACUACACGGAUUCCACCCUUCUUCAGACGAUGAUGGAGAAUCCCCUGGAGAAGAAGGCCGUUUUUUUUUCGCCGGAUCUGGAUAUGGCCGGAAAGUUGUAUGCUCCUCCGGGGAAGUUGCAGUUGAUCUACUUUGUGGAUGACUUGAAUAUGCCGGCCCUGGACAAGUACAACACACAGUCUGCCAUCGAGUUGAUGAAGCAGAAGCAGGACUAUGGGCACUGGUACGACAGGCAGAAGAUCUUGGUGAAAGACAUUGGCAACACCCAGUACCUGUGCUGCAUGAAUCCCACUGCGGGCUCCUUCAUCGUGAACCAACGUCUGCAGCGCCACUUCUGGUGCUGUGCCGUGCCCUUCCCCGAGCAGUCCGCACUGUUGACCAUCUACUCCACCUUCAUGAAGGGUCACUUUGAACGACUGCCCUUCAAGGGUCCGGUACAGGAGCAGGUCUCAGGUAUCAUCAAAGCCGCCUUGAGCCUUCACUCCAUGGUGGUCAGCAACUUCCGUAAGACUGCCAGCAACUUCCACUACGAGUUCAACAUCCGUCACAUGAGUGGCGUCUUCAGCGGCCUGCUGCAGGCAAAGCCCGGGGAAUUCGCCGAAGCCGAGAAGGUGGUGCUGUUGUGGAUCCACGAGAGCGAGCGCAUCUACGGAGAUCGCUUGGUGAGUCCCCAGGAUCUCAAGAAGUACAGGGCCCUGGCGGCGGAUCUCAGCAAGAAGAUGUUUGGAAAGUUCAACUUCGCCAAAUACUUCCAGGAAAAGAAUCCGGAACCCCUGGUCUUCGCACCCUUCUCCAAGGGAAUCCAAGAGAUGGAUGGCGGAGGUUUCUACGACAAGAUCCCAUCCACGGAGCGUUUGUCGCAGCUUCUGGGGGAGGCGUUGCGCGAGUACAAUGAGAACAAUGCGGCCAUGGAUUUAGUGCUCUUCAACGACGCCAUGUGCCACGUGGGCAAGAUCUGUCGAAUCAUCACCAGCACACCGGGACAUCCUCUCCUGGUGGGCGUGGGUGGCAGCGGCAGACAGAGUUUGUCACGACUGUCGUCGUACACCUGUUUGUAUCAGACCAUGAUGAUUGUCAUCAGUGGCAGCUAUGGCAUGAACGAUUUGAAGGCUGAUUUGCAGGCCAUGUAUACCAAGGCUGGUGUGAAGGAUGAAGGCGUUCUCUUCCUCUUCACCGAUGGACAGAUCACCAAUGAGAAAUUCUUGGUCUUCAUCAAUGACCUGUUGGCAUCAGGAGACAUCGCGGACCUCUACGCCAGCGAUGAGAAGGAUGCUAUCCGCAACGGCGUCCGCAGCGGAUGCAAAGGCGCCGGGAUUCAGGACACACCCGAGAAUCUCUGGAGUUUCUUCAUUUCGCGCAUCCGAAAGAACCUCCACAUGUCGCUCUGCUUCAGCCCCGUGGGCGACGCCAUGCGGAACCGCGCACGAAAGUUCCCGGCCUUGGUGAACUGCACGGUGAUCGAUUGGUUCCAGCCCUGGCCCAUGGAUGCCUUGUACAACGUGGGAGCCAAGUUCUUGGAGCCGAUCGAGCAGCUGGGUCCACUGGACAGCCCAGUGCGCCUUGGAAUUAUGGACUUCCUUCCCUUCAGCUUUGAAGCAGCAGGACAAGUGGCGACCACAUUUAUGAACGUUCAAAGGCGCUUUGCCUAUACCACACCCAAGAGUUUCUUGGAGCUCAUCAAGCUCUACACAAGCAUGGUGGGAAUGAAGGUGGACGCCUUGGAGGACCAAAAGGAUCGCUUGACCAACGGCCUGGAGAAGCUGCGCGCCACCUCGGAACAGGUGGCUGGUUUAGAGGAAGAACUCAAGGAGAAAGCCGUGGUGGUGGCUGAGAAGGCGGCGGCUGCGGACGUCUUCGCCAAGGAGGUGGGCGAGAAGAAAGCCACGGUCGAAGAAGAGUCCGCCAAGGCGGCUGUGGAAGCCGAGAAAUGCGCCAAGAUCGCCAAAGAUGUCUCCAUUCAGCAGGCGGAUUGCGAGAAGGACUUGGCUGCUGCCAUUCCUCUGGUGGAACAAGCCGAGAAAGCCUUGGAUGUGCUCGACAAGAAGGACUUCCAGGAGCUGAAAGCCUUAGCGAAGCCGCCCGGUGGGGUGGACCUGGUGUGCGAGGCCGCCAUGCACCUACAGGCUGGCUACGAUGAGAACAUCGAGCUUGACAAGAAGGGCUUCGUCAAGGAUCCCACCUGGAAGGGUGCACAGAAGAUGAUGAACAAUCCAGAGAAGUUCCUGCAGAACUUGAAGGGCUUCAAGAGCUACAUCGACGACGGAAAGGUGCCACAGCAAAAUGUGGAGAAGGCACGAAAGAUCCAGACCAACAUGGGCGAUGAGUUCAGCAAGGAGGGCAUGUCCAAAAAGUCCUCAGCUGCCGCGGGCCUUUGCGUCUGGAUCAUCAACAUCAUCAUGUACUACGACGUGGUGGUGCAGGUGGAGCCGAAGCGCAACGCCCUGCGCGAGGCCACGGACACGUUGAACGCGGCCAACACGAAGCUGGCAGAGGUCAAGGAACUGGUGCAAACCUUGGAAACGAACCUGGCAGCGUUGAUGAAGGAGUUUGACAAGGCGAUGGCCGAGAAAAGUGCGCUGAUGGCAGAUGCCGAGAAGUGUCAGAACAAGCUGAACAUGGCACAGCGUUUGGUGGGUGCUCUGGCAGCCAACGGAGUCAUUUGGGAGCAGACGGUGGAGAAUGCUGGGCAGGAGUUGGUCUUCAUUCCGGGGGACACCUUGGUCGCCUGCUCCUACGCCUCCUACGUAGGCGUCUUCACCCGUCAGUAUCGCGAAGACACGGUAGAUGCCUUCGUGCAGUAUCUGACGAAGAAGGGCGUGCCACUAGGCCCCAAACCUGAUCCCUUGGCAGUGCUGGCCACUGAUGCGGAGAUGGCAGCCUGGGCAGGACAGGGCUUGCCAUCGGACCGUGUGAGUUGCGAGAACGGCGCGAUUCUCUGCAACUCGCAGCGCUGGAGUGUCUUGGGCGAUGUGAAUGGUGAGUUGUCUGAAGGCUUGAUCAUCGAUCCACAGCUUCAGGGUAUUGUGUGGAUCAAGAAUCGCGAGUCGGACAACGGCUUGCAGGAGGUCAAUGGGCAAACAGAGAAACAACAUGACAUUGUCUCUGAGAUUUCCGGCAUCCAACAUCGAAAACAUGGGCCAGAUAUGGCCUUCCGAAUCCAAAGGAUGUUGUCCACCUUCGAGAUGUCUUUGGAUCAGGGAAAGCCCGUGCUGAUCGAAAAUAUGGGCGAAGGUAUCGAUGCCGUGAUCAUGCCGGUGGUCUCGCGGAAUACCAUCAAGCGCGGCAACAAGCGCGUGGUGAAGCUCGGAGACAAGGAGAUCGUCCUGAAUAACAGCUUCAAGCUCUUCAUGCAGACGAAGUUGUCCAAUCCUCACUAUCCACCGGAGAUCCAGGCCGAAUGCACCAUCAUCAACUUCACAGUCACUGAAGACGGUUUGGAGGAUCAGUUGCUCUUCCUGGUGGUGAAGUUAGAAAGGCCCGAUUUGGCAAAGAAGAAGUCUGAGCUCAUCAAACAGCAGAACGAGUUCAAGGUGAACCCAUGGUUUCUUCGCGGUUUUUGGCUCCAGAAAUCAGCCAUGGCAGCCAUGGCAGCGAUGAAGAAACCUUCCAGAUCUGCAUCUUCCAAGGCCCCAGCCAUGGCCCCGAAACGGGGCUGGCGACGUCCCGCGGCCGCGGCAAAACGACCAGCUGCGAAAGCGGUCAAAGCCGCGAAGGCCAUGAAGGUCAUGAAGGUCAUGAAAGCACAGCGACCGCGAUUGCCUCCUUCCAAUUCCUCCAGGGCCUUGAAGCAGAUCACCUUGGCGCGAAGUCUCAAGGCCUUCGCGACGGCGGUGAGUCGUGUGAACGACGUGAAUCGCCUGGCACAAAUGCAUCCUGAUUGGCUCAGGAGACUAGUGAUUGAUGACUGUUGGAAUUUCAACCGGAACGGUUGGAGAUAUCAACAUAACCGGCUGAACAGGGACAAACUUGAGCUGCUCCUUGACGCAGGUCUGGACGUGGAUACUCCUGGUCUCCUUUUCACAGCCGUUUGGGGCUCCGCCAGCUGUUUGUCGCUGCUGCUGAAACGGGGCGCAGACCCUCUGGGCGACCGCGCCCGGACGCAAGGUCCGACGUGGAAUCUGGAUCUGGAGCAGUGUCCCUUCGUAGCGGCUGCGGAAGAGAAGGGAACUGUGGAACAACUGAGGGAACUGAAAAAGGCCUUGGAGCGACAUCCAAAGUACGCACAUCGAGCAAACCAAGAGUGGCGAGACGCCAUCGAACGCAUCCACGAGAAUCUGCUUGAGAUGUCUGGACGGAAAAGUUAUGUCAAUAAGAAGAAGUGGUUGCGGGAUGAAAUCCUCCAAUAUGUGGACAAGGGCUAUGCUGUGACCCUGGCCCAUCUGGAAGCUCUGCUGCUGGAGAAAUUGGCCAAUGCCGAGGGUGAUAUCCUGGACGACACGGAGCUGAUUUUGAGUCUGGAGGAAGCCAAAAAGACCAGUGAUGAAGUGAAAGAGAAGGUGGUGGUUGCACAGGAGACGGAGCUGAAGAUCAACGAAACCUCAGAGUUUUAUCGUCCCACGGGGGCACGGGGCUCCUUGCUGUUCUUCCAACUCAUGAGUUUGUGCAACAUGCACACCUUCUACAAGUACUCUUUGGAUGCGUACCUCAUGGUCGUCACGCGCGCCGUGAACAGCGUCACGUUGCGCAAGCCUAAGGAGGUGAAGGAAGAGCCCAAGGUGGACGAAACCACCGAAGCCGAAGGCGGCGAAGACGAGGAGGGAGACGAAGAGGAUGCGGAGGACGAGGUUGCAGAGGAAGCGGCUCCAGAGGAAGAAGAGGAGGAGGAGAUCAUUGAGUUGACCGGAAAGGAGCUGAAGCUGCGAGUGGAUUUGCUGCAGAACAUCAUCACCUUGUUCGUGUGGAACUACACGCGCCGCGGGCUGCUGGACUCCGAUAAGUUGACCGUGGUCAGUAUGAUGUGCAUGAACAUCCUGGUGCGCGCCGGCAAGAUUACUGCGGAAGAGAAGGAGACCUUGAUCCGUUGCCCUCCGGACCCAACUCCUCCAGUGAUGCCGGAGAAUGCGAGGAGCUGGCUGUCUGAGACCCAGUGGGCACAGCUGAAGACGCUGGAGAACAUGGAAGCCUUCAAGAAGGGUGGACAGCUGACCCAGAACAUCGAGCAGGACUCCCUGGGCUGGAAGCGUUGGUACUCAGAGGAGAAGGCUGAGAACGCGGAUCUGCCGCGCAGCGCGCGCGACCUGAACCAGUUCCAACGCCUCUUCCUGCUGCGCGUCAUGCGACAAGAUCGUAUCGGCGCCGCCUUGUCGCAGUUCGUCAUUGACAAUCUGGGGCAGGACUUUGUGGAACAGCCGCCCUUUGACAUGGAGGCCUCCUUGGAGGAGUCAACGGCCAUCACGCCCUUCUUCUUCGUGCUCUUCCCAGGUGUGGAUCCCACUCCCACCAUCGAAGCCUUGGGACGCAAACUGGGCAAGACAGAGGCCAAUGGACAGUUGCUCAACAUCUCCAUGGGGCAGGGACAGGAGAAGAUUGCCCUGAACGCCCUGAACAAGAUGGCCAAGGAAGGUGGAUGGAUCAUGCUGCAGAACAUUCACCUGAUGCAAGCGUGGCUGAAAGACUUGGAACGUGCAUUGGAGGUCAUCGAGGAGUUUGUGCAUGACGACUUCAGAUGUUUCUUGACGUCGGAACCACCUGGUGCCAUGCAGGGAAAGCUCUGGGAUCUGAUCCCCGAGCCUAUUCUGCAAAGGUGCAUCAAGGUGGCAGAUGAGGCGCCCAGUGACUUGAAGUCCAACUUGCGCCGCGCCUACUCCAAGUUCUCCCAGGAGAACAUCGAUGCGUGCUUGAAGCCCAGGGAGUUCAAGGCCACUCUCUUUGCACUGUGCUUCUUCCAUUCGCUGAUCUCAGGACGUAUUAAGUUCGGAGCACAGGGAUGGUCCAAGAAGUACCCCUUCAACGACGGCGACUUGACCAUUUGUGGACAGGUGUUGAGGAACUACCUGAACAACGCUGAGAAUCUGGGAACAGAGGUGCCCUGGCCUGACCUGCGCUACAUCUUCGGGGAGAUCAUGUAUGGUGGUCACAUCACCGAUCCAUGGGAUCGUCGCGUGCCUCGGCGUUUGCUCCGAGAAGGGAGGUCGGUCAACGGUGAUCGUUUCUGGUACCCGGUGAACAACACCUACUUGGCUGUGCUGGUGACUCCAGAACUUCUGGUGGGUGGUUCCCUGGCACCCGGAUUCAAAUCGCCUGAUGCCACGAAGCUGGAAUACUCCCACUAUGUGAAGUACAUCGAGGAGCGCUUCCCACCAGAGGUUCCGCAGAUGUUUGGAUUGCAUCCAAAUGCAGAGAUUGGCUUCCUGACGAAUCAGGGCAUUAGCAUUUUCAAGACCAUCGCGGAAAUCACUGGCGGCGGCGGAGGCGGUGGCAGCUCAGAUAUCUCGGCCUCCACACCGUUGAUCACCAGCUACCUGUCCUCGCUGCCCACCAACUUGGACAUGAUCGACAUCCGAGGCAGAUUGAAGGAGGAAGACUACACUCCUUUCAUCAUCGUGUCUCUGCAGGAGGCAGAUCGCGUGAACGGCCUAUUGGAUCAGAUCAGGAGCUCGUUGCUGGAGUUGGAGCUUGGUAUCAGUGGCGCCCUGAACGUCACAGAGAAGAUGGAGGUGAUUUUCAUGGGAUCUGGUGAUGGCUUUUGUCAGAAACGGGAUUCUGUCGAUACCGCCCUCCGGUUGAAUUCACCAGCUGUCGUGCCCUUCUUCCGCGACCAGAUGCUGAGCGCCGAUCUGCAAGCGAACAAGGUGAAUGCGCUCUGGGCAGAGAAGGCCUAUCCGUCCUUGAAAGCCCUCUCCGCUUGGUUCGCCGACUUUGUGCUACGACAUGAGCAGGUAGUAGAAUGGACCGCUCAGCUGAAGCUGCUGAAGUCGAUUUGGAUCAGCGGCUUGUUCAACUCCAUGUCUUUCCUGACCUCCAACAUGCAGGUGGCAGCACGAAGCAACAGCUUGCCUCUGGACUACAUGACCAACAGGUGCCGUUUCUACAACACCCGGGACCUGGCUGAGAUCACAGGAGUGCCAGCGCAGGGCGUCAACGUCCAUGGCCUCUUCCUUGAAGGUGCUGGAUGGGAAGAUGGAAAGGGCGAAGAUGAGGGCUAUAUCACAGAGAGCAAGAUGAAAGAUCUUCAUCCUUCCAUGCCAGUGUGCAACAUCUUUGCAGUGCACAUCAAUGAGAUGGACUGGAACGCCAUGUACCACUGCCCCGUCUUCAGUACCUCGUUGCGCGGCGCGACAUUUAUUUUCCAAGCAAAUGUUCGCAUGGACCCGGACGACAACGAGUACCGCUGGGUGUUGGCCGGUGCUGCCAUGCUGCAGAUUGAUGAAGCUUCUCUAGAAGCUGAGUUUCUGGUCGACCGAUUGCGAAUUUCGGUCGGCUUGGCCGGCUUGGCCAGCUAUAUGUUGGUACCUUCAAUGGACCUUGAGCUUUCAGAACAGGAAAAGGCAGUUUUGGAGAAGGAACAGAAGGAAAAUGUGGCGCCCAGGAAUCAGAAAGAGGAGAAGGUCUUGCUCUUUCCAGUUCGCGUGCUGUUCCCUGACGGCAGCACUGCAACUUUGGAGGUGAAUCCUUGCGCCAGAGGCGCCAGUGUCCUAACACAGCUGCUGCCUUUGAAGAGGAGUCAUCUAUGGCCAGAGGACUUCGCUGUGUUUUUGCCCUCGGGAAGGCUGCUGGACUUUCACAAACCUUUGCAGGCUCAAGGUGUUCAUGGUGGGAUGGACUUGCGAGUCGAUGAGGCUGGCGUUGCUGAGCCUGCCUCAAAGAGAGACGUCAGUGAGGACGAGGAGACUGAUUUUGACAACUUACACUUUUCGCGAGAGGUGGAGAAUGGGUGGAAUCUCAUCUACUGGCCACUGUGUGUGGCUUUGGCCACCUUUGACGAAGCGAAGCAGGCCAUGCAGAAACAUAAGGAGGUGGUGGUGAUGGGAUGGAAUGCCUGUCACGACUUGGAGGCCAGUACUGGCGGCUAUGUCAUGCAGCUCUGCCAAGAGGUGUGCUUCAAUGUAGGUAGCGAUUACCUCAUCGUCACUGGAAGUGAAGCAGCCCCAGAGGAGUGGUGGCCGACAGCGCAGGAAGAGGCAGAUCUCUCCGCUGCAGAGCGUGUUGGACAGCUCCGAGGCCCUAGCGCUCCGCAGCGUCCCAAGACUUCAGUCCUCAGGAUUGACCCCUAUGCCGCACCGAACGAACUGGCGCCGGCACUGUUGGCUGGUUUGCGAGCUGCAGGAUGCGGCACCUCAAUUACCUUGCUGGUGGUGUGUCGCGCGUACCAGAGCCGUCGACCUGUCUCGGUGCUGAACUGGUGUCUUCAGCAAGAGGACUAUGCUCAGUGGCGCAUGACGGUGUUGCCCUACUCGUGGGACCCUCGCUUCGUUUACCUGGAGGAUUGCAAAGCCCGUGGGAACGAGGUGAUCUUGGAGGCGCAACUACUGACGGAGAUGAACCCCAUGGUCUGGAUGGAGGAAGAGGGACAGGAGGCGGAGAUCGCGCUGAGUCGCCUACUGCUGGCGCAUCCUACUGCUGUGCCAAGAAGACAUUGGCACAAUGGCUUCUACAGCAAACCCUUCAAGGAGCGUACUCGCCUGGCACGUGACGGAGUUGCAGAGCAUUGCGAGUGGUUCCGCUGGCAAAAGCCCGCACCUCUCUCUGCGGAAUCUCAUGCGGCUGCCGAGGGUUUUUCCAGGUCGACGAAGGCUGUUGCGGAACCACCGGAAGAUGAUGAUGAGGAGCCACCACCUUUGGUCAGUCAUGAGUGA